AUGCGAGCAAUCGUCGCGAUUUUCUUCCUCGCCACAUGUACUAAUGGCUUACGCGAAACGAAAAAUACAAAACUACUUCGCGAUGUUACAAAUUGUGUUAAACAGAAUAGCUUUUCAAAAUGUGUUGUCGCAUUCGGAGUAUGGAAGGCGGAAAGGGCUCUCGAACCGGAUGUAAAUGAGUUUAUUUGGAUUGAUUAUGUUAACGAUACUGAUGAGGAACUAUAUUCAAGGUUGUGUGAUGGUACGGAGAGGCUGUUACGGUAUCGUCCAUUAACUAUGGAUCUUGGUGAUCGCUACACGCUGAACAUGAAGUCUUCGGGAAAUAACUUGCUUAAUUUCGACGUCAUAGAAAAUAAAGACACAAACACCGGACGGACAAGCACAAAAAAGAUGACAAAGAUGUUCUACCAAGCUUUGCCUUUCCUACUUCUCCCCGGAAUAGUGAUGUCUGCAAUUCUACCAUUUUUCUUGCCUACGCUUAAAAUGGCUACCAUGGCUACAGUAAUGCUUAAUAAUAUGGCGUUAGUCGGAGCUGUGCUCAUGCUUCUAAGAAAUAAUGCCUUUAACGACCGUAAUUAUCCGAAAAAGGUAAUUUAUCUAAAUGCUGGAUAUGGAUACGGCUACGGUAGACCCAAAUAUGAUCAUUUGGCGAACGCACCAUCAGAAAAUUUAGAUGAGGUAGUUGAACCCAAUCACGUAACUGAAUACAGCACAGAGGUCACCCACGACACAAAGGACUACCACCUCGUUGGAGUGGAUCCCAAUACCGGUAUCUCAUAUCCAUUCAAUGAAGAAUGGUUGAAAAACACACAAAAUAGCCCCACAAAGGUAAAGAACGUGCAGAUAAUUGGUGAAGUACCCAGUAUAACUGAUUGGCGGAAGCCCAACAAAUGGCCUCCUGCAAGCAACAGAUGAAGUUGCCAAGUUGUUUUAUAUUCCACAGAUUGCUAUUAAUUUUGAGUAGGCGUCUAAAAUGUUCUCUAACUUCGACAGUUCUUUUUCUUUAAUAGGAUUUCGGCUUCUACUUCGUCUACAUGUAUAUAGUAAAUUAUUUUUUCGCAAUGAAACUAACAAACCCCUAAAGUGUCAAAGGAAGUAAAAAUAUUAUUUGUGUGAUUUCGUUCCUUCUAUUUUUCUAAAAAUAUGUGUGUAAACGUUAGAAUAAACCGAUACUUUUCCCUUUAAUGUGUAAAUUAGUUCUUGCCUUGUAUAUUAUAUUUAAGGAGUAACAAUACUAUUUAUAAAGGUAGGAAUACGAAGUAAUUCGUAAUUCGAGGUAGGAAUAUAGUAACGCAGAGAGUUUAUUGUGAGCACUAGGAUCUUUUUUUAUAAUUAUAUUUUCCAAUUUCCUCGUAGUAAAUUGUUUCUUGCGUAAAUAAUUUAAUGAGUAUGCUAAAGAUAUGAAUAUAAUUAGGUUGUAUAACGACACAAUGAUCGUAACUGUAUGAGAAUAAAGCAACGUAAUAAUUUAUAA